AUGAUUCUGGAGGAUUCUAUAACAAGCUCGUCAUCGCAUCAUCACCCAUUACCUACAACAGAAUUCACGACAGCGAUUAUUGGUUCAUUAACGGUCUCAUUGUCAAAGCAAGAAAUGCCAUCUUUAGUGUCUCCACAAGCUAAAUCGUUACCGAAAGUAGAAAUCACGACAAGUCUCAUGGAAUCAUUUAGAACUUCCUUGUCAAAAUCAUCGCCCUCUCUACUGCCAAGUUCAACACCAAAAGUGGAAAUAAAGACGAGUGUUUUGGAUCUAUUUCCAACUUCCUCGUUAAAACAUGAAACUCCAUCAUCAUCAACUUUACAGUUAAACUCAGAAGUCACGACCAGGAUUCAGGAGGAUCCUUUAACAAGCGCAUCAUUACAUCAUCACCAAAUGUUCGAAGUGGCAUCCACGAAAAGUUUAAAGGUUAUCUCAACAAGUUCGUCGUCAAGGCAACACGUGAUAUCUUCAUUUUCUCCACAUUUAAGCUCUUUAGUGAAAGUAGAAGCCCCAAAUCGUCUUUUGAAUUCUUCAAGAGCUCUGUCUUCGAGGCAACGCUCGUUAUCAUCAACGUUUGGACUGAAAGUAGAAUCUUCAAUAAACGUUUUGGAUUCUUUAAUAAGUUCGUCACCGAGGCAAAUAUCUCCACAGCCAAGUUCGGCAGUUAAAGAAGAAGCCUCGACAACCCUUAUGCAUUCCGUUACAAGUUCACCGUCAGGGCAUUACAUCGUACUCUCAAUGUCACCAAGGUUAAGCUCAACGCUGAAAGUUGAAGCCAUGACAACCUCAGUUGAAUCACUAACAAGUUCCUUGUCGAGGCAACAUAUACUUGCGUCGUCUCCGCAGCUAAGUCCACCACUGAUAACAGACGCCGCCACAGCAAACAUGGAUUCUUCGAGGAAGAAAAUACUAUCAUCGCGUUCUUCGCAGUUGAACCCCUCAAUAGAGGCAGAAUACACCUCAGGGCUUAAAGACUCACUGAGACGUUUAUCGUCAAGGCAACCCAUACUAUCAUCCACAGCUCCACAAUUUAGUUCAGUAUUGAAAGUUGACGCCACGACAAGUCACAUGGAAUCUUUGUCAACAGGUUUGUUGUCAAGGUCAGAUAAGAAAGACAAGCUCUCCCCAAGCCUUGUGGGUUCUUUCACGAGUUCGUUGACAGAACAAUACAUUGUAUUGUCAGUAUCAACAGUGCAGACCUCAAAACUGCCAACGAAACCCUCGGCUAGCAAAGUCAACUCAUUGCCUAUUCCAAGUAUCUUCACGUCGUCAAUCUUUAAUAAAGAGGAUUAUACGUUUUUCACUACUCCAACAUCUUCCCUGUUAAGUUCUACACCGACAAUGGAAUCGUCACAAAGAUUUUUAAUCUCAUCUAGUUCUUUAUAUGCUAGCGUGUUGCAAGAAAGAUCAACAGCCGAUCAAUCGAGCCUUCGGGAUUUUAUCCGUUGCCUCAUUUAUAAAUGCCUACUCGCGCUAGUUGGUAGUGCGCUGCUUCUUGUUGAUUCUGUGCUCUAA